CUCAGUGCGCGCGCCGCGCCGUCGGAGCUCAGCUCGCAGCCUCCCGGGCCACGCCGCCCCCUCGAGCGUCUCCUUCUCGGGCCUCAGCCCGCGGGCGGCUCGCGAGCGCGGGAGAGGGAGGGGAGGACAGGCGCUGUCCAGCCCCGGGCCCGGGCACAGCCGGUAAGGGGCGAGGCGCCCGGGCGCCACGGUGGCUACCAUGGUGGCCACGUGCCUGCAGGUGGUGGGCUUCGUCACGAGCUUCGUGGGCUGGAUCGGCAUUAUUGUCACCACGUCCACCAAUGACUGGGUGGUGACCUGCGGAUACACCAUCCCCACCUGCCGCAAGCUGGACGAACUGGGCUCCAAGGGGCUGUGGGCCGACUGUGUCAUGGCCACGGGGCUGUACCACUGCAAGCCGCUGGUGGACAUCCUCAUCCUGCCGGGCUACGUGCAGGCUUGCCGAGCCCUGAUGAUAGCGGCCUCAGUUCUGGGUCUGCCGGCCAUUUUGCUGCUGCUGACGGUUCUCCCCUGCAUCCGAAUGGGCCACGAGCCUGGCGUGGCCAAGUACAGGCGGGCCCAGCUGGCCGGCGUCAUGCUCAUUCUGCUGGCUCUCUGCGCCAUUGUCGCCACCAUCUGGUUCCCUGUGUGUGCCCACCGGGAGACCACCAUCGUGAGCUUCGGCUACUCGCUGUAUGCGGGCUGGAUUGGAGCUGUGCUGUGCUUCGUGGGUGGCUGUAUCAUCGUCUGCUGUGCUGGAGAUGCCCAGUCGUUUGGUGAAAACCCUUUCUACUACUCUUCGGGCUCCAGCUCCCCCACUCAUGCCAAGAGUGCCCAUGUAUAAGAGAAGUGCCUGGCUGCUUGUGGAGGUGCUGUAGGUGCUGGGCCUGUGGCCCCAGUGUUGCUUGUCUCAGUGGGGUGAAAGCUCACUCCCUUGCCAGGCUCCAAAGCCAAAGGUCUAGAAAAGCAUCCUGUCUGGCAUUUCUUAGUCUUAACCAACUACCCCUCACCCUCCUUUGUGCCUUAAAAGAAAUCUGUAGCUCAGAUAAUGCCCACACAUUUUUCUCAUGGGUUUGCCCACUAUUAAUGCUUUUCUUGGGCAUUCCUUUGAUGUUCAUUAAAAAUAUAUAUAUAUAUUUUGUUUCUCUCUCUUUAAAUUUUAAAUGUGUUUCAAACUAUGCUGAGUCGGGGCGGGGGAGAGAAAUAAAGGACACUUUUCAAAGUGUUACAGAUGACAAUGGGAGCCUCAUAAAGAUGUCUCUCUGUUCUCUCCCUCCGCUUCAGCUCCAAGGUCAUUUAGUGAUAACUGACAGAAACAAGAUAGAAUUGGGGACAUGGGUGAGGGAGGGAGGGAGUCAUGGAGCUUUCUCUCCAUGAGAAAGAUUCAUUUUUCUAAGUCGAGGGCAAGGGGUGGGGAUAUUUUUUAGUUUGCAAUUUUUCAUUUAUCUGUACAUACUUUUUCAAGAUUGAUCAUUUUUAUAACAUGGUUUUCCUGAAAUUCUCAAUUCAUCAGUAUGAAGGAAGUGAACCAAAUACAUUUUAAUUAUAUGAUAAAUAACGUGCAAAUGAGUAUAACGUUAACUGACAUUCCACAAAACAACAUUUUUGAUUUCUAGGUUUGUAUGAUGUAGUUUUUAAUCUUAUACUGGAUGUGCUUCAACAUAACACAUUUUUAAAGCAUUUUCCAUGUCUCUCUCCACUUUCUUCUGCUAGCCAUUUAGAAGAUCUUUGUUUAACGUAAAUUGUACUGUUGAAUUUGGCUUUACGGGUGUAAACGCUGAUGAUAUAUCAGUAUCAGAGGCCCCAAACUCUCCAAACAUUGAUGGUGCAUUUUGUUCUUUAAGUGAAAUCUGUGCAAUAAAAUAACAGACUCUGCAAAACUAGCCUUCAAUCUUCUAUUGUAUCCAGAGGUCUGAUCUAUUGAUUUUUAAAAAUUUCAUUCAUCUCUACUGAUAAUUUAUAGGGAAACUGGUCAGUGAUUCAAAAACAAGUAAUUCUGUAGUCCCCUGAAUAAUUAAAAAGUUAUAUUUUAUUCA